AUGAGUAGUGGAAACGUGAUGAAAUCAGCCCCUAUUCCAAUGAAAUAUCCAACACUGAUUAAUGGGCAGAUGGGCUUUGUAUUUAUAGAUCAAGAGAUGAAGAAACUGGCGAAUGACUUGCGAUUUGCUCUGGUACUGAAAUUCUUGAGCACUCGGCCAAACAUUGAUGAUUUGAGAUGGACGGUGGUGAAAAUGUGGGGGCUGAAUGAGGUACUGACAAUCGGUUUUAUGGAUGAUGUUCACGUGCUUAUUCAAUUGAAAAAUGAAACUGAUUUCAUUCAUGUUUGGGCUCGAGAGGGGAGAUCCUUACUGGGGAUGAAGUUUCGAAUUUUCAAACGGACUCCGAAUUUUGAUCUGAAAAGAGAGCCUUCUAUUGCGACGCAAUGGAUUUUCCUCCCUAGACUAGCAAUGCAUUUAUAUAGGCCGGAUUGUCUUCAGAUGUUUGCAACUCUGUUUGGAAGAUAUAUGGGUACAGAUCAUGCCACUUUGAACCGAACAAGGGCAACAGGGGCUAGAAUGUGUGUGGAGUUGAAUUUAAUGGAUACAGUUGUUAAAGGAUUCCCAAUAUCGGUAUCAUCCACGAAGACCAUAUGGCAGAAGGUGAGGUAUGAGAAAAUGGGUUACUACUGUAAGAAGUGUGGAAGACAGGGACAUCUCGAAGCAGUUUGCAGAGUAGGGUAA